AUGGUGGAAGCUUUAGACACCGUUCCCAUGGAAAAGAGCCCAUCUUAUUGGGAAGAAAGGAAAUCUCAGUUCAUCUUAACUACAGAUCCCAAGAUCGCUAAACAAAAGGAUAAGAAGGAUACGUAUAAACGUUUCAAAUAUUUAUUAUCCUUGACGGACUUGUUUAGACACUUUAUUAGCAUAAAGGCCAAACAUGAUAGCAAUAUACAAAAGUUAUUAAGAGAAAUUGAUCUAACAAACAACAAUAGUAACCCAUCAAAGAAAGAUAAAUACGUAUCACGUCAUCAUAGGAAAUCUGAAAAGGAGGAAGAUGCUGAACUGAUGGCUGAUGAGGAAGCGGAAGGCGAAGGUACCAUUGAAGAUGAAGAUUUUGUUAGUGAGUCCCCUGCCUUUAUUAAAGGUGGGAAGUUAAGAGAUUAUCAAGUGCAAGGUUUAAAUUGGUUAAUAUCGUUACAUGAAAAUAAACUAUCAGGUAUUUUGGCUGAUGAAAUGGGACUGGGGAAGACGUUACAAACAAUUUCCUUUUUAGGUUACUUAAGAUAUGUCAAGAAAAUUGAUGGUCCAUUCUUAAUUGUCGUUCCUAAAUCUACGUUAGAUAAUUGGAGAAGAGAAUUUAAUAAAUGGACACCAGAGGUAAAUGCAAUCGUUUUGCAUGGUGACAAAGAGGAAAGACAUAAAAUCUUAUAUGAUAUUGUAUUAGAGGCAAAAUUUGAUGUCCUUAUUACAUCGUAUGAAAUGGUCAUCAAGGAAAAAAAUGUUUUGAAGAAAUUUGCCUGGCAAUAUAUUGUCAUCGAUGAAGCACACCGUAUUAAGAAUGAACAAAGUCAACUGUCUCAAAUUAUUAGAUUAUUCUACUCAAAGAACCGUUUGUUAAUUACAGGUACUCCUUUACAAAAUAACUUACAUGAACUGUGGGCAUUAUUAAAUUUCUUAUUACCAGAUGUAUUUGGUGAUUCUGGAAUCUUUGAUGAAUGGUUCGAACAAAAUAACUCUGAGCAAGAUCAAGAAAUUGUUGUUCAACAACUACAUACAGUUUUAAAUCCAUUCUUACUCAGAAGAAUCAAAGCUGAUGUUGAAAAAUCAUUACUACCCAAGAUUGAAACCAAUGUUUAUGUCGGAAUGACUGAAAUGCAAGUCAAAUGGUACAAAUCCCUUUUAGAGAAGGAUAUUGAUGCAGUAAAUGGUGCUGUUGGUAAGAGAGAGGGUAAGACACGAUUGUUAAACAUUGUUAUGCAGUUAAGAAAAUGUUGUAACCAUCCAUACUUAUUUGAAGGUGCCGAACCUGGUCCCCCAUACACAACAGAUGAACAUUUAGUCUUCAAUGCCGGUAAAAUGAUUGUAUUGGAUAAACUAUUGAAGAGAUUAAAGGAAAAGGGAUCCCGUGUGUUAAUCUUCAGUCAAAUGUCAAGACUAUUAGAUAUAUUGGAAGACUAUUGUUUUUUUAGAGGUUACGAAUAUUGUAGAAUUGAUGGGUCCACUGCCCAUGAGGAUCGUAUUGAAGCCAUUGACGAAUACAACAAACCCAAUUCUGACAAGUUUGUGUUUUUGUUAACUACACGUGCCGGUGGGUUAGGUAUUAAUUUGGUUACUGCAGAUACUGUUAUCUUAUACGACUCUGAUUGGAACCCACAGGCUGAUCUGCAGGCAAUGGAUAGAGCUCAUAGAAUUGGUCAAAAGAAACAAGUUACCGUGUAUAGAUUUGUGACAGAAAAUGCUAUUGAAGAAAAAGUUAUUGAACGUGCAGCUCAGAAAUUGAGAUUAGAUCAGUUGGUUAUUCAACAAGGUACUGGUAAGAAAACAGCAAGUUUGGGAAGCAAUAAAGAUGAUUUGUUAGAGAUGAUUCAAUAUGGGGCCAAAAAUAUGUUUGAGAAUAAGGAACAACAGAUUACAAAGGAUGCUGAUAUUGACGAAAUUUUGAAAAAAGGUCAAUUGAAAACAAAAGAAUUAAAUGCCAAAUAUCAGGCCUUAGGUCUAGAUGAUUUGCAAAAAUUUAAUGACGUAGACAACCAAUCUGCUUAUGAAUGGAACGGUAAGAAUUUUCAAAAGAAAGAUACCGAUAAAGUGGUUAAUUGGAUUAAUCCCUCCAGAAGAGAAAGAAGACGAGAGCAACAAACCUAUUCUGUUGAUGAUUACUAUAAGGAAAUUAUCGGCGGAGGUUCAAAGACAUCAAAGUCAACCCCCCAACCUAAAAUCCCUCGUGCACCUAAACUUAUACAAGGCCAGGAUUUCCAAUUUUUCCCCAAAGAAUUGGAAUCAUUGCAGGCAAAGGAACAAUUAGCAUUUAAAAGGAAAGUUAAUUAUAAAGUGACCUCAUAUGAUGUUACGGGUCAUGCAGAAGAUGAAAGUGAUGAUGAUGAAUAUGAAGUGGAUGAAAAUGAAGAGACUCAAGAUAACGAAAACAAGAAACAGAAACUGUCAAAGGAAGAAAUAGAUAAGAAAAUCAAAGAGGACCAAGAGGUUAUAGACAAUGCUCCUGAAUUUACAGAAGAAGAUGAACAGGAGAAGCAAAAAUUAAUAUCAGAAGCGUUUAGUAAUUGGACAAGACGUGACUUCGUCGCUUUCAUUAAUGCCUGCGCAAAAUAUGGCAGAGAUAAAAUGGAUAUGAUUGAGAAGUCAAUUGAAAAUAAGACCCCAGAAGAAGUAAAAAAAUAUGCAAAAGUUUUCUGGGAAAGAUAUGAAGAGAUACAUGGCUAUGAGAAAUAUAUAAAUACCAUCACUAAUGGGGAAAAGAAGCAUGAGAAAUUAAGACACCAAGAAGAACUAUUGAAGAAGAAAAUAGAACAAUGUCAAUACCCACUCCAUGAGAUGGUAAUCCAAUAUCCGCCAAACAAUGCAAGAAGAACAUAUAAUACUUUAGAAGACAAAUUCAUGUUAUUGAUGGUCAACAAGCAUGGACUAACUUCUGAGAAAUUGUACGAAAAAUUAAAACAAGAAAUUAUGAUGAGCGAUCUAUUCACCUUUGACUGGUUCAUUAGGACUAGAACAGUACAUGAAUUGUCAAAAAGAGUUAAUACUCUUCUAACUUUAGUAUCGAGAGAAUCAGAAUCACCAGAUGCUUGGAAGAAAAAGAGAAAUAGAAACCAAACCAAAGAGGAUAGCAUAUCGCUGAACGACGCCAUCAUGGUCUCUAAUGCCGACGAGGAUGAGCAUGUCGAUAAGCUACCGAGAGUUGUUCUUCAGUAA